UUUAGAAUCUUAUAGAAGUCAGAUACUAUGUCACUCACAUAAUUUUACGGAAAAUUAUAACAACAAAAUUGAAAACGUUUUGAUUCAACUUUUACAAAAAUCAGUACAAGAUUGUUUCGGUGACAACAUUGUCAUAAUGGCGAGUACCGCCAGACCGCAAAAGGAAAAAUCUAGUGUGCCGCUUCCCCGACUGACGCCCCGGCCCACCGCAGCGUCGGCCGCGCGCGCCGCACGCAACGCCACCAACCGCAACCUCACGCAGCAACCUUCGCAGAGGCAGUCCCCAUCCAGGAAUAUCAUAGGAAAGGUUAAAAGUCAAACUCAACGCCCUAUAAGGACCGAUUCAAAGAUUGAAGUCAAGAUAAAUCCAAGUGCAGAAAGUGUGAUAGUUCCUACGUUGGAAGUGUUUGUAACCCCAGCAACAUCCCAAGAUAAUAGCUACCCAAAUAAUAACACUAUAGCAGAGGAUUUCAACGCGGACCUAGUACACGUUAGAGAGAGCUUUGUCAUAGAGAGGAAUAGCGAAACUGAUACCUUAGAAAAUGCGCAUCAAGAGAGUCAAGAACAAAAAAGCGAGCCUCUAGUGAGUCGCCCUCAAAGUCCGGUGAAAUCACGUCCGCAAACACCAAAGACCUCGUCCCGGCCUCAGACGCCACGGGCGGCGAGCCGACCCACCACUCCAGGUCACUCCAGCAGCCGCCCCGCCACGCCGCGCGGCCCCGUCAGCAGGCCCACCACCCCGCGCACGGCCCCAAGCAACAUCAAGCCACCCUCUAAUAUACGGAGCUCCAUACCAGUUUCAAACAGCCAGAUCGUACAUGCAGCAAAAGAUGACGAAGAUAUAAAAUCGCUCUAUACCACGAAACAGAGGCAGUUCCAUCGGAUGAAAAAAGAGUUGGAUCUGAAACAACAAGCAGUACUUGAAAUAUUCGAUUGCCUGCGUAGUUUGCGGGAGCGCAUGACGCGCGAAGGUCUUUUGGCCGGCGGCGGCGACCCGCAAGAGCUGGUGGUGUUCAAUGUGGCGGACUGGGCGACAGACGAGGUGUCUCAACUGUGCCGCGACGCUGCCUCCUCCUCCAUGACCGACGGCGCCAUAGAGAUGAUCAACACUGUCGCACCCAUAGAUGAAGUCGCUUUAGAAGACUUGGAGAACAAAGUGUUGAAAGUUCCUGCUCAGCUGUCCGAUCUAUGUCUUCAGUCGUUUACAGCUCGUCAAGAACUGAUUGAUUGGGUUAAAGACCUCAUCGAUAAAAACGAAAUUGGAAGUGGGGAGGGUUUUGAAAGAAUAGCGCAAUACAAUGCUCAAGGGCUUGAACUGUGCGAGGCCCUUCGAGAAUACAAGAGUCGAGCUGACAGCGCUUUGGAUACGCUCACGCAACUUUCCAAACGAGCAAGUAGAGAACGGAAUAUGUUGAUAACUAUAGGCGAGUCUUUGGUGCGCGAGAUUGCACGUUUGCGUCAGGAUUUGGAAUCGCGUGCAGUUAUUGUCAGCGAAAUGCGCGAAAUUAGAGCAGAAACUGAUACUGCCAGAGUUUUAGAGGAUACACGUCGUGAACUGGACGAGGAGAGAGCUGCAAAACAAGGGCUGAAAGAGAAGCUAGCGACCUCGGAGUCUCAGCUUCGUCAGGUCCGCAUUCGUGUCGCAAAAAUGGAUCGCCAGCUGCGAGAAGCUGAGGCCAGUAUCUCUAGCCUCACGGGGACUGUGAAAUCUUUGGAGGAUCAGAGUCGACAACGCGAGGUCCAAUUGGAAGCUCGGGCAAGAAAACUGAAAGAAUCGCUGAAGACUGGCGAAUUGGCAAGCAGUCAAAUAGCUCACCAGCGUGACUCACUACAGACUGAAAUAGUUGAACUUAAAGAGCAAAUUGAAAAUAUGACCAGCCAACACAAGACGACAAUACAAGAGUUAAAGGAACAAUUAAAAAGUUUAAGACACUCUUUAGAAGAACAACAGAAAUUAACGGAAGCAGAGGUUCAGCAAAAAGAAGCUGCACAGCGAACUCUCGAGGAAAAGAAUAGGACUAUCGAAGAAUUAAAAACGAAAGUAACUGAACUAGAAGAAAGUAUACCUAACCCAGAUUUACCAACUGAAAGAGAAAUGGACUUAUGGGCAGAACUUCAAGCUACUAAAGAGACUUUACGGAUAACAGAAGAUGAAGUAACUGCUUGUAAGAGGGAAAAAGUCAGAUUUUUGGAAACACUUACGAAGAUAACGGAAUCCGAGAACAAAGUAGGCAUGCAACAGAAACUGGCUGCCGAGCUACUGAGCAAAGAAGAAAUAAUAGCCAAGAUGCAGAUUCAGACGAGAGAAUUGACAAAAAACAUAAAACUGAAUGAACAAAAGGUAAUCCAAUAUGAACAGUACGUGCAUGACCUACAAGCCCACAAGCAAACUAUGGCGAAAUGUCAAGAUGGUAACACUAAUGGUGCAAGCUACCAAGAAUUGCAACAAGAGAUAAUGAAGCUUAGAAUGGGUCUUCUAGAAGCGGUUCAUCAAAAGGAGGAAUUAAACGAAAUGUUGUUGCAAAAGGAGCAACAGCUCGAGGAGCAAGACAAGACAUCACGUGCCCAGGCAAGAUUUAUAAAGGUUCGCGAGGAACUCAUCAACAUGUUGAAAAAUAAGGAAACAGAACAAAGCCGCGAGCUGACCGCGCUACAACAGGACCUCGAGCAUCGAAUGAAAAUUGUAGAUGAAGUAAAUAAACAAAUAGCAGCCAAAGCCGACGAGAUUCAAGAAUUGUUUACGACGCUGGAGAACAAGCAGCAGCAGAUCCACCGGCUGGAGAAGAUCGUGCUGGCUCUGGAAGAGCAGCAGCGACGUGCGCAGGCGCAGCGCACGCGCCACGAGGAGAAGAUCGCCGCGCUAGAGCACGAGCUGGCCGCGGGCGGCAACCGACGGGAACGGAAAUAUCUAUUCUUCUAAAUUGGACCGAAAUUUUAUUAUGGCACCUUUUGACCUGAGACCCGAAAUUAUAUGAAGUUAAAAUUUUGUCAGUGUAGUCUGUGUGUGUGUACCUAAAGUGCAGUUUUUAUGAAUUUUUGUGUCGUUUUAAUAAAAAAAAUAACACAUUUUAUUAAU